GGUGUCGGCACCAGAACCGAAAACUCUCCAAAAACCCAUGGCUACCGAGAAUGCCUCCUGCAUUCACAGAGGGAGUCGGAGAACGUGACUUGUGAGGGGAUCCCGACCGCAAUUAUUUUGAGGAAGUCACCGAACGGAGGAUGAGGUGAUACGAAUCCUGUGAGGGACUAGAUAUUCGUUUUCCGCCGAACCAAGAUGCUUAGAGUCGUGCUGUCAGUCCGUUGGACAUCCCGAAGAGGCUUGAGCAGUCAUGAAGCCACCUCUAGGUUUUUGGAGUUUUUCGAGGGGAGGCAGCACGCCGUAGUUCCGUCAAGUCCUCUGUUGGCCCCACCAGAGACAGGUCUGCUAUUCACCAACUCCGGAAUGAAUCAGUUCCACCGAAUUCUCUCCGGCUACGAGGCUCCCGUAGUGAAGCGGGUGGCUUCCCUGCAAGAUUGCGUGAGAGUCGGCGGGAAACACAACGACCUCUCGGAAGUCGGACUCGAUGGACACCAUCAUACUUUCUUCCAAAUGCUGGGCAAUUGGUCCUUCGGUGAUUAUUUCAAGGAUGAAGCGUGCGGCCUCGCGUUGGAGCUGCUCACUGUCUGCUAUGGAUUGAGGAAAGAUGAUCUGGUUGUGACCCAUUUCGGGGGUGAUGCGGAUCUUGGACUUCCGUGUGACUUUGAAACAAGAGAUAUCUGGCUGAGACUUGGUUUCCCCGAGAGAGCCGUUCUGGCGAAAGGCGUUCGCGACAAUUUCUGGGAAAUGGGCAAGACAGGUCCCUGUGGUCCCUGCACAGAAAUUCAUGUGGUUGUCGACGGACAAUUGAGAGAGAUCUGGAAUCUGGUUUUCGUCCAAUACAACAGGUUGUCCGAUGGGAGCUUACGACCACUCGAAACGCCCUUCGUGGACACCGGGAUGGGGCUCGAACGGCUCUGUGCGCUUCUGCAAGGAAAAUCGUCGAACUACGAUACGGACCUCUUCAGGCCGAUGAUCCAAUACUUGGAGAAGACGAGCGGCAAAACUUACGGAGGCUCCUUCACCAGUCUCGAAGACUGUGCUUUCCGAUUGGUGGCCGAUCAUGGUCGAAUGGCGGCAAAAUCCAUCGACCAGGGAAUUCUCCCUGAUCACGUCGAUGCAGGGAACAAACUGCGUCAGGUGAUCCGUCGCGCGACUCACGCUGCCCGCGACCGACUCAGACUUCAACCCGGGGUGGUCAGCAACACGUGCGCGAUAGCUGCUGAAUCCUUGAAACUCGAAAAUAUCGAUCGUAUCAAGAGUAUAGUCGAUGAAGAGGAAAGACGCUACAUAGUGAUGCUGAAGAAAGCCGACGGCUACCUCAAGGAGGAGGAUGGAGUAGAAACUUUGAGCGGGACGACAGCCUGGAAAUUGUACCAGCUUUGUGGGCUCCCCAAAGACAACAUUGUAGACAUCUGCUCCCAACGCGGAAUCAAGGACAUAGACUGGGCUCAAUUCGAUCAGCAUCUCGAAGAUUUCAAGCGGAAAUCCGUGGGACCAAAUGUCCUUGCGAAAUUCAACCUUCCAAAACACAUCGACUCUGUAACGAAGCGGAAGCUCCCGGUCACCGACUACUCAGCUGUCUAUUGCAACCGAUUUGAGAUGCAUUCGGAAAUACUUUACGCAGGGCAAGAGGGUCCUGACUGCGUCGUCGUGACACGCGAAACAUGUUUCUACCCAGAAAGUGGUGGUCAAGUAUCCGACGUUGGCACUCUCUGCUCCAGCGGGUCGGAGAGUGAAGUGGUCAGAGUGGUGAAAGUCGGAGAAUAUUUAUAUCAUCUGUGUAGCGGUAGAGCUCCACUAGAACACUCGUCAGUUGAAAUGAAGGUCGACGUGUCCAGACGGAGGAAUUGUACUCAGCAUCACACGGCCGUACAUCUGCUCAAUGCGGCCUUAAAGGAACAGCUCGGAGCCGGCGCUGUACAGAGAAGUUCUUUGGUCGACGGAGAGCAUUUUCGUCUAGAAAUCGCAUCACGUUCUGCGGUGGAUGUGAAGUCGGCAGAAGACUUCAUAAACAAUGCGAUCAAGCUCAACCACGCUGUCAAGUGGGAGGAGGUCGAGAGAGAGAUCAUUAUGAACGAUUCGAGCAUCAUCAAGCUCCCAAACGAGGUCUAUCCCGCGAAAGUUCGCCUCGUCCAAUGCGGCGAUGUCUCGAAGGAACCUUGCUGCGGAACGCAUGUCAAUUCCACGGGAGAAAUCCCUCCUGUAGUGAUCGUCGGUUCUCGGUCCGCUGGAGCGAAUGUGAAAAUAGUGAGAGCCACUGCGAGUCGGGCGCAUGUCGCGCGGGCUAAUGCCGCGAAAGUUCAUCAAGAGGUCGAACAGCUGGAAAAAGAUUCGGAAUCGCUCUCGGAUGAUUAUCGGGAAAUCCAAGCAGCAUCCACGCGGGUACGGGCCCUGAGGAAUUUCAUCGCGGCCGAAUUGAUGCCUCACCUGGAUACGACAAAAUCAUUGAUGCGUUUGGAAAGGAUCGAUGCCCGCGUCGUGAAGCUGACGAGACAGAACAGCAAGAGAAUAGAGCCGGAGAUCAGGGCUCGUCUGGAUAGAAUAACGGGACAGCCGGCUGUGGGCAGCAUAAGCUUCGAUUGUGACGAGAGUGUCGUCCGAAAAACGAUGAAGGAGCGCGGGACAUCCUCCUUCGUAAUCCUCGAGUCCUGCGGUAGAGUUCACGUCUUGUGCAGGGUCACGCAAUCGGAAUCGUUCACCGCCAAAAGAUGGGUCGCCUCCUUCAUGGAGACAAUCGGCCCUUGUGAUGUACAUGCUCACAGAGAAACCGAUUUCGUCGCCGAGCUUUGCAUGGAUCCAGUCCUACCGCUCGAGCAGCUGGAGCAUGCAGCGAGAGCCGUCUCGGAGAAACUCAAGGCGGACUGAUGACGGUCCAGCGAGUAGAUGGACAGGGGAAGAGACAAUAAAUGGAUGGAAGGCUU